AUGGGGAACCCUAUCAUUGGUGGCGGCUUCUCCCUAUAUCUUGCUGGAUGUGACCCUCCAACCUUUCAGAAGCCUUUGGGUGUUGUGGAUAUUUUCACAAAAUGGAUGCUACCUAAAAACUACCAGCAUAUCUUGGCCUUUGUGUUUGCUGUCCAUGAGAUCAAUGAGCAUCCAAAGCUCUUACCCAACAUCACUCUGGGUUUUCGCAUAACCAACAACAACUACUACGGAAGACUUACCUAUGCCACCACACUGCAAUUGCUGAGUGACCGAGGGAGAUGGGCUCCUAAUUACAAGUGUGACACACAAGAAAAACUGUGGGCCAUCAUUGGGGGUCUCAGCUCGGAAACCUCCAUCCAGAUGUCAAACAUCAUACGAAUCUACAAGGUGCCACAGCUCAGUUAUGGUUCGUUUGAUCCAGCACUGAGUGAUAAAAGCCAGUUCCCUUUCUUCUAUCGAAUGGUCCCAAAUGAAGCCUCUCAACAUAAAGGAAUAAUCCAGCUCCUCCUGCAUUUCAAGUGGAAGUGGAUUGGCCUUGUUGCUUCAGAUGAUGACACUGGAGAAACAUUUGUGCGGACUCUGUUGGUGUUGCUCACAAAGCAUGGCAUUUGUGCUGCUUUCACUCAGUGGAUCUCAGUCAUAUUUACAAGCACUGGAAAAAGUAUUUAUAUGCAGAUGGAAAAAGCAAAGAGUUCUUUCUCAGAAAGCCAAGUCAAUGUGAUUCUUAUAAAUGGGGACUCACGAACCCUAAUUAUAUUUUCAGUAUGGCUAGAUUACCAAAGUGCAAAAGGAAGUCUUAUCGGGAAAGUUUGGGUCAUGACUGCCCAGUGGGAUUUUACAGCUGUGAAUUCUUGGGCUGUCUGGUUUCUAAGACCCUUUCAUGGUGCUUUGUCUUUCACAAUUCACUCAAAUGAAGUGCCCGGAUUCCGGGAUUUUCUUCAGACUCUGAAUCAGGAGCAUCCCAAUGGUGAUAUCUUCCUCCAGGAUUUUUACAAGUAUGCCAUUGAAAAACUUUAUUUUCUCGACUCCUUAGAUGUCAACAUCACUUGGACAAAGCUGAUGGAUCUUCUUCCAGGAGCAGUGUUUGAAGUUAGCAUGACAGGCCAAAGCUAUAGCACUUACAAUGCAGUCCAUGUUGUAGCUCGUGCUUUAAAUGAAAUGUACUCAUCCAGGCAUAUUCAGAGAAAGUUGGGGAAAAGAGACCGAUGGAAGUUGUGGAAUAUGCCACAAUGGCAGCUUCACCAAGUUUUGAGAACAAUCAGAUUUAAUAACAGUGCAGGGGAUGAAGUCUCUUUUAAUGAAAAUCAAGACUGGGUUGCUGGAUAUGACAUUGUGAAUUGCAUCGUAUUCCCCAAUGAGUCCUUUACUCGAGUGAAAGUUGGAAGGAUGGACCCCCAGGCUUGGAUGGGGCAGGCAUUCUCAAUUAAAGAUGAUAUGAUCACAUGGAACAACUGGUUCAAUCAGACAUUACCUCGUUCUGUAUGCUCUGAGAGCUGCCACUCUGGUUACAGAAAAAGAGAGCAGGAGGGGAAGCCAGUUUGCUGCUACCAAUGUACCCAGUGUCCAGAAGGAAUGAUUUCAAACCAGUCAGAUGCAGGUCACUGUGACAAAUGCUCGGAUGACAAGCAUUCCAAUGACAAUCAUGAUAAUUGUAUUCCCAAAACCAUACACUUCCUCUCCAUCAAUGACACUUUGGGGAUCAUUUCUGUUUUCUCAUCCCUUUGCUUGUCUGUUAUCACAGGUCUGAUACUGGUAACAGUUGUUAAAUAUCGAAACACUCCAAUUGUCAAAGCCAACAACCGAGAUAUCACCUAUAUUCUCCUCCUCUCCCUUCUGCUUUCUUUCCUCUGCUCAUUGCUUUUUAUGGGACAGCCUAGCAAAGUCACCUGUCUUCUCCGGCAAACAACAUUUCUUCUUGUCUUCUCUGUUGCGGUUUCUUCUGUGUUGGCUAAAACCAUCACCGUGAUUCUGGCAUUUGAGGCUACAAAACCAGGAAGCCAGAUGAGGAAAUGGCUGAGGAAGAGGGUCACAAACUCCAUUGUGUUCUUCUGUUCUCUUGGUCAACUUGGAAUCUGUGCUGUCUGGCUAGCAACAAAGCCUCCCUUCCCUGAGUUGGACAUGCACUCCCAAAGCAGAGAGAUCAUAGUCCAGUGUCAUGAGGGCUCCGUCACUAUGUUUUAUUGUGCCCUCAGCUACAUGGGCUUCUUGGCCAUGGUCAGUUUUCUUGUAGCUUUCUUAGCAAGGAAUUUGCCAGAUAGCUUUAAUGAAGCCAAGUUCAUUUCCUUCAGCAUGUUGGUGUUUUGCAGUGUUUGGGUAUGCUUUGUUCCCACUUACCUGAGCACCAAAGGGAAAUAUAUGGUAACUGUGGAGAUCUUCUCUAUCUUGGCCUCUGGGGCAGGAUUGCUCUGUUGUAUCUUUUUCCCAAAAUGUUAUAUUAUAAUCCUAAAGCCCAACCUUAACUCUAAAAGACAUGUUAUGUCUAAAUGGGGUUAA